CUAAGGUGCGUGCCACCACACCCAGCUAAUUUUUGUAUUUUUAGUAGAGACGAGGUUUCACCGUGUUGGCCCGGCUGGUCUCGAUCUCUUGACCUCGUGAUCUGCCCGCCUCAGCCUCCCAAAGUGCUGGGAUUACAGGCGUGAGCCACUGCACCGGGCCAAGAACUGGGUUUUCUAAGAAAGCUCUGCCUUUCCCUGAGUUCUCUGAAAAUGUGGAAGCCCUUCCAAGAUGCCAGUUCUUUGGGAGCUGGGCAUCCAUUUGGGGCCCGUGGCCGUCCUUGGCCACAGUUCUCCCUCCUUGUACCCUGGUCAUGUCUGCUCAGGUUGCUCUGAUUCUGGGGUCUUAUUUAUUGGCUGAUUUCCUUGCAAAGGCCAAGGCGGAGUUCAAGGUCCAGCUGGGCGAAGGGCAUGCCUGGCUUCCUGAGAAUUAGGAAGGGUGACUGGUGGCUUGAGACACAUUGCUCUGCGGCUGGAUUUCACAGUUACUAUUCCAUCCCGGGACCUGACGAGGAUCUGUCUCCCCUUUCCUGUGGCUGGAAGGGCACACUCCGUCCCUGGAGAGCAUCUGGUAGGGGCCUGUGGAGGGGCAGGGAGGACCUCCGGAGGCCCGAGGACAGGUGCCAGGCUUGUCUCCGGGGCUGGGGCAGCUGCCAUGUGCUCUCAGAGCGCUGGGGGAGGAGCGGGGGAGCCCAGGGUCGAGAAACCCACAGCACAGGGAAGGGAAGGGCAGCCUUGAAACUGCAAGUUGGGAGAUCACAGUUUCCUCGCGUGGCCACCAUGAGGGCUGAGGCUGUAGGCUGGCCGCUCCUGCCCCUCCCGACCACCCCCUCAGGCUUCCAGCCUCCUUGCUCAGCCAUCUAGGCUGGACUUUCAGGUUCGCAGGCAGCCGGCCCUACAACAUGGAGGCCCAGGCUGGGCUUUCUUCGGGAGUGGCAUCUAAACUUAGGAGAGGGGAACACGUUUCACCCGAAUCUGGGCUAGCAGUGUGUUGGUUAAAUGGCCCCUGAGUAGGUGUGGGGCAUGGCAGAGGUGCGGGAGUGGGUGUCCGAGGAUGCAGCCAACUCAUCUCCAAACAGCUCCUUUUCCUUUCCCCAGUGGGCUGCAUUCCCAGACUGGUAUUUUGGUUGGUGUGACAGAGUCCCAGAGUCAUCUGGCCCAGGUGCAAGCCCCUGGGCCAGUCCUCCCUGUCCACCCCUGCCCGCCCCCAGGCGCUCCUAUAAAGGGCUGAGCAGUUCAGCUCUUCUCACUGGGGGGUGUGAGGAACAGGGGGGACCAUGGACUUCAUCAACAUUCAGCAGUUGGUAAGUGGAGAAGGAGUUGAAGGGAAAGUGUUGGGAUUUGGACAUGGAGUUCCUGACCCUGGAGUCUGGCCUAGUGACUGGAGGAGGGGCCCCCAAGAGGCUGUGGCCUGGGAGAAGCUGAAAUUGGAAGAAGAGAAGAAGAAGAAACUUGAAAGAUUUAACAGUUCCAGAUUUAAUCUGGAUAACCUGGCUGACUUGGAAAACUUGGUUCAAAGACGGAAAAAGCGACUGAGACACAGAGUCCCCCCCAGGAAACCCGAGCCCCUGGUUAAGCCGCAGCCCCAGGCCCAGGUGGAGCCUGUGGGCCUGGAGAUGUUCCUGAAGGCAGCUGCUGAGAACCAGGAGUACCUGAUUGACAAGUACCUGACAGACGGAGGGGACCCCAAUGCCCAUGACAAGCUCCACCGCACUGCCUUGCACUGGGCCUGUCUGAAGGGUCACAGCCAGCUGGUGAACAAGCUGCUGGUGGCAGGUGCCACAGUGGACGUGCGGGACUUGCUGGACAGGACACCUGUGUUCUGGGCCUGCCGCGGAGGACAUCUGGACAUCCUCAAACAGUUGCUUAACCAGGGAGCCCGGGUCAAUGCCCGGGACAAGAUUGGGAGCACCCCCCUGCACGUGGCAGUGCGCACCCGGCACCCCGACUGCCUAGAGCACCUCAUCGAGUGUGGCGCCCACCUGAACGCACAGGAUAAGGAAGGGGACACGGCUCUGCACGAGGCCGUGCGGCACGGCAGCUACAAAGCCAUGAAGCUACUGCUGCUCUAUGGGGCCGAGCUGGGGGUGCGGAACGCGGCCUCCGUGACCCCGGUGCAGCUGGCUCGGGAGUGGCAGCGCGGCAUCCGGGAGGCCCUGCAGGCCCACGUGGUGCAUCCACGCACCCGGUGCUGACCGCAGCACACACACGCCGCACACCCCCCCCCCCCCCGCCCCGCGCCUUGUGCACUGCCACCAUUCCAUCCUGUGCUCCGCCCCCGCGUCUGCACCUCUGUGGUUCCUGCUCUCAGCCCCGGUUCCUCCCCCUCCGGGCUGUGCCUACUCAGCAGCCCUGGCAGAACUGAGCGGCACCGGGCCCAACAGGCAGAAAGAGAGGCCUCCCUGGCUUCGAGUGUCAGGGGAGCCGCGUUCCCUCCCAGGGCUGGAGCAGAGGACCACGAGGCAGCAGAAAGCGCGGGUCCAGAUGAGGGCCAGGAAGGAGAGUGAGGGCCAAGAACAAGCCUGAAGGGAGCAGUCCUAAGCUGGAGCCACCCAGGGCUGGGUCUGGGAGUCCUCAGUGUCCACUUGUCCCAGGUUAGGGGGCUUGCCUUGCUCUCCCCAGGGUGUCUCUGCGUGUGGGGACUCAGCCUGUGGCCGGCAGAUGCCAUCCAGGAUAUGUAAGGGGCAGACAAGGCAGGCCAUGCAGGGGCCAGGCCUGUCUGCAGCUGGUGGAUGCCUGUGGGCACGGCUUUCUCCGGGGACCCCAUUUCUGUCAGUAGCAACCCUGGCAGUGUCUGGAGCGGCUCUAGACAACUUUGGUCAUAGGGACUCUGGAGGUGGGUUCUGGUCGUCUGAGGUGGCUACUCAACAGGUUUGAGGCCCCACAGCAACAGAAGUCCAGGACCCACUAGGUUGCCUCAGAAGCCCUAAGACUGAUGAGCUGGAGCGCGUAUUUGAAAGAAAGAAGCCUCGCACCCACUGUGUACUGGCCCCGCUCAGGCCGGCCUGGCACACUGUUACCUGCUGGCGGCUCUCAUGGGGAAGUGCUUGGGCACUGGGGAUUGCUUGUGGCCCACUCAACUCUUGGGGCGGUGGCCCGUAACCCUAGUUUGCCUGAGGCUCUUAUGUCCCCUUAUGUCCCUGGUACUGGAGCUUGAGCUCUUGCCUGGAACGCUGCAGCUGCACCCACCCUGCUUGAUCCCACUGGGAGGCCAGGACACUGAGGGGUCUGAACCCAGCCCACAGGGAAGGAGGGGAAGGUGAGCCCCCGUCACCCGCCGGCCCUUCCCAUCCCCCUUCCCUGCUCCCUGGUGGUCUAAGGACCCAAGCUCCCUAGACUUCUUCCUCUUCCACUGUCUGUACGUUUCAAAUUAUACUGGUGUAGGCCUGUACUGCUGGUGGGGCUGGGCCCCUAAAUGCCAGAAAGGGAAUCUUAAGCAGCUCUGCCCUAAACUGAGAACCACAUGCUGAGGGAAGGGCUGAAAGGUGAAGGCUCAGCCUCCCUCACAUGGGUCCUGGGUUACAUUAGGUACCGGGCUGAUAGGCAUUUGGCCAUGGUUCUUUUUCGUCUACCUUUGGUGGCCUUCUCAGGCCCAGAACAAGGCUGUUGUUACUAUGUGGAAAAACUGACCAGUGCUCCACACUAGGGGCACACACCUUUCCGUGAGCAGCUCCUGCCCUGUGGCGACAGCCAGCGUGCACCCAGAUGCUGGUGCCAUGGCGAAGCAGGCAUUCAAGACCAUGGAGAAGACAACUCCUCAUCUAGAAAAUGAGGACACCUCAGUGACACACACACCUUUUUAUACCAGUCAGUAUCCUCUGUUCAUUAAAACUGGCUAUCCAUUACAGCCUAGCUGUCUUUCCUGGGCUGAGAGGAGCCCAUGCUUCAGUCACCAGGGACUGUCUGGUAGGGCCCAGGCCUGUUAGCCAUGCCUGCCGACAAGAUAGGCCGAGUGCAAAGUGGGCAGGAUGCGGGGUCCUAGCACUAGCCUCUUGUGCUUAAGGCAUCUCUGCUCACUGACGACAAGGUCAAAGAGCAGUAGUUCUCCACCUCAGCUGCUUAUCAGAAUCACCAGGAAGGUUUAAAAAGUCCUGAUGUCCAGACCCUAAGUCAGAAGCCCUGAGGGGAGGAUCCAGGUAUUCUCAUGCAGAGGCCAUGCUUGUCUAUGUGGGAAAUCCUAAGAAUCUAUAGAAAGCAGACAAAUAGGGAGUCCAGCAAAAUCUCGGGUGCAAGAUAAACACGCAAAAACCUGUUUCUACCUCCUGGAAAUGAACAUGUAGACACAAAAGUUAAAAAUAUGUACUGUUUACAGUUGCUGAAAAAAGGAAAUACUUCGGUUUAAAUCUAACAAACCAUGCAAGGACUUGUAUGCUGAAAAUUACAAAACGUGAUGAAAUCAAAGAUUUAAAUAGGCCAUGUUCAUGGAUUGUUAGACUCAAUACAGUAAAGAUAUCAAUUCUCCUCAAAUUAACAUACAGGUUGAAUGCAGUUCCUAUCAAAAUCCUAGACGAUGUUUUGUAGAUGUAGACAAGGUUAUUCUAAAAUUCAUAUAAAAAUUUAUAGCAAGAAUAUUUUGAAAAAGAAUAGAGAGGAGGAAUCAGUCCACCUGAUUUCAAGAUCUAUUAUAUAGCUAUGUGAACCAAGAGUGCAAUGCUGGCAGAGGGACAGACACACAGAUCGACAGAGCCGAGAUCAUCAUGGGAACAGGACCACACAAAUACGCCCAGCUGACUUUAAGGUGCAAAAGUAAUUCAAUGGAGGAAGGACAGCCUUUCAACAAACGGUGCUGGAGCAGCUGGACCAGCUAUAGGAUUAAAAAAAAGAACUUUAGCCUAAGUCUUACACAUUAUACAAAAAUUAACGUGGCUCACAUACAUACUUAAAUGUAAAACUAUAAAACUUUUAGGAAAAAGCAGACAACCUUUGGGAUCUAAGACUAGGUAGAAUUCUUAAUGUGACACUAAAAGCAACAGUCCAUAAAGGAAAAAUCAGUAAAGUGGACUUUAUCAAAACUGAAAACUUUUGCUCUGUAUAAAACCCUGUUAAGAGGGUGAAAAGAUGGCCAGGCACAGUGGCUCACACCUGUAAUUGUAGUACUUUGGGAGGCUGAGGCAGGCAGAUCACUUGAGCUCAUGAGUUGGAGACCAGGUGUGGGCAACAUGGUGAAACCCCAUCUCUAUAAAAAAUUAGCUGGGCAUAGGCUGGGCGCAGUGGCUCAUGCCUGUAAUUCCAGCACUUUGGUAGGCUGAGGUGGGCAGAUCAUCUGAGGUCGGGAGUUUGAGACCAGCAUGACCAACAUGGAGAAACCCUGUCUCUACUGAAAAUACAAAAUUAGCCGGGCGUGGUGGCACAUGCCUGUAAUCCCAGCUACUCGGGAGGCUGAGGCAGGAGAAUUGCUUGAAUUGGGAGGCGGAGGUUGCAGUGAGCCGAGACCGUGCCAUUGAACUCCAGCCUGGGCAACAAGAGUGAAACUACAUCUCAAAAAAAAAAAAAAAAAAAAAAAAAAUUAGCUGGGCGUGGUGAUAGUCCCAUCUACUUGGGGAGCUGAAGAAGGAGAAUUGCUUGAGUCCAGGAGUCAAGUAUACAGUGAGCCAAGAUUGUGCCACUGCACUCUACCGUGGGUGACAAAGUGAGACUCUGUCUCAGGAAAAAAAAAAAGGUGGGGGAGGUAGGGGUGAAAAGAUAAGCUACAGACCAAUGCAAACCAAAAAUCCCAUAAAGGAAUCUCAAAGAAAGAACUCUCAAAAUUCAACAGAAAAAACAAUCCAAUCAAUCAGAAAACGGGUGAAAGACAGGGAUAUUCCACUGAAGCGAAACACAGGUGUCCACCACUGGGAAACGCAAAUGAAAAACCACCGUGAGGCAUCACGACACACCUGUCAGAACGGCCGAAGUAAAAACAUGACACCACUAAGUGCUGUGGAGGAUUCAGGGAAACUGAUCAUCCUAGGUUGCCGGUGAGGACAUGAGUCUGACAGUUUGUGGCCAGGCACGGUGGCUCAUUCCUGUAAUCCCAGAACUUUGGGAGGCUGAGGCGGGCAGAUCACGAAGUCAGGAGAUCAAGACCAUCCUGGCUAACAUGGUGAAACCCCGUCUCUACUAAAAAUACAAAAAAUUAGCCAGGCAUGGUGGCUGGAACCUGUAGUCCCAGCUACUCCGGAGGCUGCGGCAGGAGAAUGGCAUGAACCCGGGAGGCGGAGCUUGCAGUGAGCUGAGAUCACGCCGCUGCACUCCAGCCUGGUCAAAAGAGCGAGAUUCCGUCUCAAAAAAAAAAAAAAAAAGUUUGAUGGUUUAAAAAACGAAACAUGCAACAACCCUAUGACCAAGCAUUUACACUCCUCGAAAACUAAUCUUGACACAGAAACCUGUACGUGAAUAGUCGUAGCAGCUUUAUUUGGAAUAGCCCCAAACUGGAAACAUCCCAGGUGGCCUUCGGGGGGCCAAUGCAUACACCAUGGAAUACCACUCAGCAAUAAAAAGGAGCAAACUGUUGACACAUGCAAAGCCUGGAUGAUCUCCCGAGAAUGACACUGAGUGAAAAAAGACAAUCCCGAAUGCUUACACACUAUGCUCCCGUUUAUACGACAUUCUUGAAAUGACAAAAUAAGAGAUGAACGAUUAGUGGUUACCAGGAGGUAGGGAUGGUGUGGAGGGAGAUCCUUGCGGGGAUGGGACUUCUUUAUCGUGAUUGCAGUGGUAGUUACACAGAUGUACAUGUGACAAAUGAUUUGGACUGUCCACCCACAUUGCACCAGUGUCAAAGUCUUUGUUGGAAUACUGCAUUACAAUCAUAUAAGAUGUAACCAUGGAGGGAAACUAGAUGAAGGGUGCGUGGGGCCCUUACCUUUACAACUUCCUAUAAUCUGAAAUUAUUUCAAAAUAUAAAGUUAGGAAAAAAGAAAGCAACAGCUCUAAGUGCAGUAUGGCAUCCUGGAUUUGCUGCUGCAGCAAAAAAGGGACAUUGAGAAAAAUGGUAAAAUCCAAAUAAACUCUAGCUAAUAGUAUGACUGCACCUUUAGUUUUGAUAAAUGUACCAAGGCUGUAUGUAAGAUGUUAACAUUAGGGGAACCUGGAUGAAAGGUGUAUGAAACACUUCUGUGAAUCUGGGCAUGGUGGCUCACGCCUGUAAUCUCAACACUUUGGGAGGCUGAGGCAGGAGGACUGCUUGAGCCUAGGAGUUCGAGACUAGCCCAGGCAACAUAAUGAGACCCUAUCUCUACAAAAAAUUAAAAGAAUUAGCUGGGUGUGGUGGUGCCUACCUGUAGUCCCAACUACUCAGGAGGUUGAGGUGGCAGGAUGGCCUGAACCAGGGAGGUCGAGGCUGCUGCAAGCCGUGAUCACACCACUGCACUCCAGUCUGGGCGACAGAGCAAGAUCUUGUCUCAAAAAAAUAAUAAAUAAAAAAUUGAAAACUCUGA